AUGGACCCGAGCACAACCAAUCCGCUCACAAUCGCCGGACUGACGGCGACGGCGGUGCUCUCGCUGCUGCUCGCGGCGCUCCUCGCCUCGCUGCGGUGGGGCGGCACGUACAGCGCGCUGCGUCUCGCCAGCGAGGCCGCCUUCCUCGAGGAGCACGACCGUCGCAUCGACGCCGUCGUGGCUCACGACGUGGCUCGGCGGUACAAGCUCGGCCGGCGCGUGGGAAGCGGCGCGACGUCGGACGUGUUUCGAGUGACGGAGCGCGUGACGGGCGAGGCGUUCGCGCUCAAGCGGAUCGGCGUGCGCGGCGAGCCAUCGCUCCUCCGCGCCGUCGAGCACGAGGUUGCGCUUCUGCGGCGGGUGCGGCACAGGCACGUGGUUGGGCUGCACGAGUCGUUCGCCUCGCCGACGCGGGUGUGGGCCGUCCUCGAGAUGGUGUCCGGGGGCGACCUCUCGUCGCACGUCUCGCGCGCAAAGGGCUGGACGGAGGGCGAGGCGGGCCGUUGCUUGCACCAGGUCCUGUCCGGCCUCGCCUACCUGCACGCCAACGGGAUCGCUCACCGAGACAUCAAGCUGCCAAACCUGCUCCUCUCCUCCCGCUCGGCCGAGUUCGUGGUCAAGAUCACCGACCUGGGCGCCGCAACCGCGGCCAAGACCCCAUAUGCUCGCCGCCGCCGCACCGACGCGAUCGCCAAGGAGCACGGCGGCGCCGCGGCCGAACCCGGCGACGGCGGCGCCGCGCGUCCGCCCCCUCCGACGGCGGACGACGAGCUCGCAGAGGGGUCCGCCGUCUCGACCGCGAUCUUCGACGUUGACCCGCGCGUCUGUUUGGACGUGGCCGGCGAGGAGGAGUGCGCCGCCGUGGCCUCCACCACGCUGUCCGCCGUGGAGGAGGUCUCCUCCCGCCUCACCGGCAGCGAGCCGUCCCCGAGGACUCCCGCGACACCCGCGAGUGCCGGAGGGCGCGGUGGAGGGGCGGGCGCGCGCCGCCCGGCAGGCCGGCAUAGCGGAGGUUCGGCGGGCGGAGGUCGGUUCCCUGCGGCGGCGCGGCGGAGCGAGGGGUCUGCGGACCCGUCUCCGCUCUUGCCGCGCGAGUCGCGCGGGAGCGAGGCGUCGGACGUGGAGUCUCAAGUCGUCGGACUAGGCAGGGGGGCGGUGGAAGCGCCGCUGCCCGUGAGCCCGAGGAGAAGCUCCUCCAGCCCGACGACGCCCCGCCUCAUGGUGUGACCAGCUGGGGUAUGACGCCAGGCCUCUGCCUCAGCCUCGCCGUCCGGGCUACUCGUCUUCGUCACAGGGGCAGCAUUCUGGCGGUGCCCCCCUCGAGCCCUCCGUCGCUGCGGGCGGCAGCACUAGCUCGCGGGCGGAGGCAAUCGAGGUGCCGCUCGAUUCGCUCGCGCGCCUCUGGGCCGUCUCCUCCCCGGAGCCCGAGGUGUGCCGGAGGGAGAGGCACAGUGGGCGACCACAGGGUGUCUUUGGGCGGUGCUCUCAGCGGCCUCUCGAAGAGCUGAAUCAGGGCACGCCCCCACAACUCUGGGGGCGCAGCGUCCGCCAAGGCUGAGCAAGAGGCCGAGCAAGAGGCGGAGGCCGAGGAGGCGCCGGCCAACGCAGGUUACAAAACCACCUCUUUCCGAGGCUGGCAGGUGCGCACUAGCACGCAAGCACGGUUGCGAUAUUGUCCAUAUUGUGACUGUGGCAACCCGUAGAGUCGGGGCAACAGAAUGUUACACCUGGUGCUGGACGCCGGAUCGCUGCGCGUGGGGCCGUCGCGUGAGUGCCGUACCCCCGUGCCCUCUGGCUGCCGAGCGUGCAACCGUCCUGGUCCAACGCGCAACGGCAACGCAUCGCCAACGGUACGCGCGUCAGGCGUCAAGGCUUAAACUAAGGUUUAACAC